GGCUUCUCCUCCUCCCUCCUCCUCUUUUUGUUGGUUGGUCCCUCGGUCCUAGAGACAGCCAUUUUGCAAGGGAGGCUCUUCGGCCGGAGCAAACCUUUUGUGCGUCUCUGGGUUGCUCUCCCGGCCCCCGGAGCAUCCAGCGGCAAACAUCUGCUAGCAAUUGCUCUCCCGGCAGACGCGCAAAGGCCCAGACGUCCCCUUUGUUGCUGGAAUCUAUAUUACGCCAGGGAGGUGGGAAUUCCUUUGCAAAGGCUGUCUUUCAGGAGAGCAGUUUCUGCAACAGAUCUGUCCAUCUGCGAGAGCAUUUUGCUUAAAAAAAGGGGGGGAGAUGGAUGGGCAGCUCUAGCUCUCCGAAGAUUUUGUUUUCUUAACUAGAACCCCUUCAUCCCGCGUUUUACAGAUGAACACGGAGAGAGUCUUUUGCCCGACGAUUUUCAAUAUGAGCAUAAGAGAGCAGUUUACGUUAAAAGGAGGGACAAACCCUCGUGGGUGUUUCAAAAUAUCGUUUAAUCUCACAGUGCUUACAUUAGUAUAUGGAGUAGCUGCAAUCCCCAAGUACAUUCCACGGUAAGGACGACCUCCGUAGGUGGUGAUGGGGAUGUAAGCAAAGUUGUGUACAUGCAAAUAUAGCCAUAGCCCCCCCCCCCAAUUUGAAGCUUUAUCUUCUAGAGACCCCAGUCUCCUCUUCUCCGCCUUCCCCUCCCGCAAACAGUUUUUAACCAGGGAAUAGGAACUCAGAAAUAGGAAUUAUUUAUGGUAAAUAGAGACAUUCUGGAUUUAUGCUGAAUCAGAUCGUCUCCGCUUCAAAUUGGGUUCCAAAUAGAUCACUGCAACUUCAAAGUUUUUGUCUCUCCAGCCUCCCUCAAAUCUGUAAUCUAGGAAGCAUCUAGCGCUCUUCCCUAGAUUCUGGUCAAUUUACAUAAUGCAUUUCUUUUGCUUCCACGUCAAACCUUUAUUUUGAGGGUUUAGGCAUUGAGCGGCAGCUAUUUUUUUUAUGAAAGGACAGGUGCCUUGACUCUUCAGAUGAGAAGCCUGUACCUUCUGUCUAGGAAAGCUUCACUUCUGCUCCCAGAUGUACGAAGGCUGGCUGUGGUCCUGUAGUGUGAAAUGGGCAUUCCAGAUGUUCUCAGAGGCACUCUUUGUACCAACCUUUGAAAUGGAAUCCUUAGCUCAGAUUAUGCCUUGGGGAGGGGAAAAGACUUUCUCUUGCAGGUUCUAUUGUCCAGCCAGUCUCUCUCCUCUGCAAAUUCCUCUCCAUGGUUUGCAAACCUUUGCUGCCUUUCCCUCGCUGGGGUCUUAGAGACAGCCAUUUUACAUCCCAGGUCUUCAGCCCAUACAAAGGGAAUAGAAUUCUUCCUGUGUAUACAUCUCUGAUUGCCUUUGCAAAUCUCAGGAACUCCACCGGAAAGAGAAUUGUGGAUGGCAGAGGCCUCUCCCAAAAUGGCGGAGGCUGUGGAGGAGGAGGAGUUAGGGGUGGAGGUGAAGCUGGAGGACGAUGAGGAGGACGAGCCCGGCUACAUCCAAUCCGGCCGGCGCUACAAGUGCCUGACGUGCAGCAAGACCUUUCCGAAUGCGCCCCGCGUGCAGCGCCACCUGAAGUCCCACGCGGCCGGCCUGGCCGGCAAGCUGUCCUGCCCCAGCUGCAGGAAGGAGUUCCCCGACCGCGGGCAGCUCCGCAAGCACCAGCUCAGCCACCAGACGGAACGCCCCUUCCAGUGCCAGCUGUGCGCCAAGGCCUACAAGACGGCGCCCGAGCUGCGCAAUCACGGGCGCAGCCACAGCGGCGAGAAGCCCUUUGUGUGCCACGAGUGCGGCAAGGCCUUCAUGCAGCCGGUCUGCCUGCGGGUGCACAUGGCCCGCCACACGGGGGACCUCCCCUUCCGCUGCCAGCAGUGCCACAAGGGCUACGGCACGCUCUCCAAGCUGAAGAUCCACCAGCGCUCCCACACAGGCGAGAAGCCCUACUCGUGCGGUGAGUGCGGCAAGCGCUUCGCCGACCCCUCGGUUUUCCGCAAGCACCGCCGCACCCACGCCGGGCUGCGCCCCUACCAGUGCCAGGCGUGCCACAAGACCUACGCCGAGCUCAAGGACCUGAAGAACCAUGAGCGCUCGCACACGGGCGAGCGGCCCUUCCUGUGCCAGGACUGCGGCAAGGCCUUCUCGCGCUCGUCGUCGCUGGCCUGCCACCAGCGCAUCCACGCGGCCCACAAGCCCUACCGCUGCAGCCUGUGCAGCAAGGGCUUCACGCAGCUCUCCUCCUUCCAGAGCCACCAGCGCACGCACUCCGGGGAGAAGCCCUUCCUGUGCCCGCAGUGCGGGCGCAUGUUCAGCGACCCCUCCAGCUUCCGGCGGCACCAGCGGGCACACCAGGGCCUCAAGCCCUACGCCUGCGACAAGUGCGGCAAGGCCUUCCGCCAGCCGGCCGACCUGGCCAUGCACCAGCGCAUCCACACGGGCGAGAGGCCCCACAAGUGCCCCCAGUGCGACAAGAGCUUUGUGGCAUCAUGGGACCUCAAGCGCCACCUGCUGGUGCACUCGGGCCAGCGGCCCCACCAGUGCGGCGAGUGCGGCAAGAGGUUCGCCGAGCGCGCCAGCCUCACCAAGCACUACCGCGUCCACUCCGGGGAAAGGCCCUUCAAGUGCGGCCGCUGCGGGAAGGCCUUCGUGGUCUCAUCCAGCCUCAGGAAGCACGAGCGCACCCACGGCAACGAGGCCGGCGACAAGCCCGCCCCCCUCGCCAGCCAGGACCUCCUCGCCACAGACCAGGCGGCCAUCGUGGUCGCCACGGUGAUGCCGGCUUGCGGGGAGUGCGGCGAGGCCUUUGGCUCCGCCCAGGAGCUGCGGCGCCACGAGCGGCUGCUCCACCCUUCCCUGCGCCCGUUCCCCUGCCCCGAGUGCGGCAAGGGGUUCUCGGACCGGGCCGGGCUGCGCAAGCACGAGCGCAUCCACUCCGGGGUCCGCCCCCACGCCUGCCCCCAGUGCCCCAAGGCCUUCCUGGGCGCCUCCGACCUGCGCAAGCACCUCAAGACGCACGCGGCCACCGAAAACAGGAGCCCCGACGAGACCGUGGUGACCGCCACCAUCACAACCUACGAGCAGCUGCUCCCCGCCCACAUCCACCCCCAUCACGACGACGACGGGAUGGAGACGGACAAGGAUUCUCCCUCGGACUGUCUUCCGGAGGCUCUCACUGAACCUUCCUAAGUGCAGUCUCUUCUUUCCUGACGUGUGACUGGGCAGCUUGGCUUGCCAGUAUCAUGGCCUCCCCACACCAUGGUGGCAUGCCUUCAUGAACCCCAUAGUCCGUCCUUCCUUCCUUCCUUCCUUCCUUCCUUCCUUCCUUCCUU